AUGGGGCUUUCCGACCUCGGGGCGCUGCUGCUGCUGUUGUUGGCGGGGCUCCUGCCCCGGGCAGCGGCCGGGGACUCCGUCUUUCAGCCUUCAUUUAUCCAUAUGUCAGGGCCCAGAGUCAAUUCAUUUUUUCUUGGAAAUUCUUCAGGAGUUACUUUUUCUGUAAUUUUAAGUCCUGGAGAUGAAGAGACAGGAAAAUUGCAAGUUGCAAAUUGCAGUGGAAGUAAAAGAGCUGGUGAUUGGAAUUUGGAUGUAACACCUGGUAUGAACACUUCCAAAGUGACUGUAAGCUUGACCAGAAACCUGGAGUUGUGUUUGCCCAAUGCCACUGACUGCUGCCCCUCACCUCUCUGUGUGCUGGAAACACUCCAGGUUUUAGCUUGCCGUGGUUCAGUGAGGCUGGCACAGCUCCUGAUUCAAGCUGAAAUAUUUGCCAACUCUUCCUUUGCAGGAAAUGUCUCAGAAAACGCAACUAUCAUCCCAAACCAGGCCUUUCAGCCCUUAGGCUCUUGUCCUUGUAACUUAACAGCUGGAGCUUGUGAUGUUCGUUGUUGCUGUGAUCUGGAGUGUACACCAGACUUGAAGCAGUUAUUCAAUGGAUCAUGUUUCACUGGGGUGUUUGGUGGGGAUGUAAACCCACCUUUUGAUCAGCUGUGCUCUUCCCAGUCAAUGGAAUACACCCCUGAGUGGUUUCCCUUCCUUUGUGUACAGUCUUCUCUUGACAACACACCAUUUCUUGGCUAUUUUUAUCAUGGCUCUAUUUCUACACCCAAAGUUCCUGCAUUUACAAUCCCUUUACAAACUUCUCCUGGGAGACUUUUCACUGGUUACAGACAAGGAGAUCCAAUUAUAACUGAAGAAAAUGAAUAUUUUACCAUUCCCCAGCAGUCCCUGGCUGGGCAGUGUGUUGGGAACGCUCCCGUGGCGUAUCUCCAGGACUUUGAUGUCAAGUGCCUGACCAGUGUGGAGUCUUACGAGGAAGGCCUGCCCCACCAUGUGAGGAUAAACACUGGCACUGCAGACUUCAUCCAACAAAAUGUCACCUAUAGAACCAUCCCUGACAGGGGCAAAUUCAUCACUGAAAGGGAAAACCUUCAUCCUGCCGAGGUUCUGUGUCAAAAUGUAACUUUUGCAGAGCAUUAUACAUUCAUUUGCAAAGACAAGAACAUUGAGCAAGUAAAUGUCACAGUCUUCCUUGGAAGCUUGUGUGAUGGAGAAAUACUGACACAGAGAUUCACGGUUGAAUUUCUGAGUUUAAAGAGUACUAAUGGAGAAGAACUGCCUGAGAAUACAGGUUAUCAAGUUGGAAAACCAGUGAGAGCUGCGAAUAUAAAUGCUUCUGAUCCUCUUGGAACCCUAAACAUUUGGCAACCAGCUGGCAGAGGCUUAUGUGCAUCAGCAACUUACACACCAGUUUUAUUUGGAGUAGACUCCUACUCUGGGUGCAUUCUGGAAGUUGGGAUUAAUGAAGAUUGCAGCCUUUUAAGAGGAAAUGUAACUGAGAAAUUGAAUUCAUUAAUACAAGCUACUCACAUUGGAAAGAGGGACAAUUCCAGUUACAGUGAUCCAGAUGACUGGGUGGAAAUCAUACGUCUUGAUCCAUUUAAUUCUGAUACCAAUGUGAGCACUGGAAACUUAAAAGGCUUUUGUCCAGAUAUUCCUGCAAACCUGAAUAUUCACAUAAUGUUUGCUGAAGUGGGAGCAGUGCAAGGGAUUCCCCAGCAACAGAUUCUUGCUGUGCAGAUCAGUUACUCAACAGUCCUAUGGCAGUUCCAGUGUGGGCUGAGCUGUGGAAACAGCCUCAGCUUCCUGCCCAUCACAGCUUCUGUUCAGUUCAUUAAAGUCCCAGCUCAGCCACCCGUUCGAAAGACAAGAUACCACAGGAUUUAUGUGGAAUUUGACUGCAAUCAAAAUGACGUGUGCUUGCAACAACUGUUUUAUCCACUGACACGGUUUUACACAGGAGAACCAUAUUCCCAGUGUCUUGCUAAAGGCCUGCUAUUGGCAUUUCUUGUUUUACUUGCAGUAAUUAUGAGCAACCCUUGGUUUUCUAAAUUAUGGAACAGAUAGGUAAAAAUUUAUAUAAACAUUUAAAAAUACAUAAAAUCAGUACUUUUACAGUGCACAGAAAAUGGCUGUGUUAUUUAAACCAAAAGUAGUAAAUUAUUUUUAAGCUCCAGACUCUGUGUUUGGAGCAGCAGAGUGCAGAGUUGACUUCAAGAGGGUGGCAAGUUCAGCCCAGAG